CUCAGCCUCUGUUUUAUGGUUAAAACUUUAAUUCUAUAUGUAAAUAAUGAUUCAACUUUUCUAUUUUUAACAGCCGUACAAGUACUUAUUGAGUAAGUAGUGAGUACGGAAAAAUACUUAAAUACAAUUAAGAUUUUGGAAAUUCGGAGCACAGCAGAGUGUGUGACGUGUUGUGUUGCAUCGACGCGUGAGUUUAAGGGCCGUACUCUUGUAUAUGCGUGGAUGCGUGUUUGUGCGUAUAAGCGUCCCAGAGAAGUCACAAGAGAUAAUAGUUAAAGAACGUCCAGGAUACUUGACUUGUUUCGUGAACGAUCAUUGUGCUUGCCCGAUUAUCACAGAUGCCAUACAUUCUGGUUCGCGGUAACCUCGCGUCCUAUAGUCACAGGUAUCCUUGGAGAGUCCUCGUUUCUGGCCUAAAAGCAGUGGACAUCGAGCAAUUGAGUCGGUUUGCUUCAGGCGGCUUUUGCGACGAUUCGACGAUCGUCUACCUGCAACAUCCGUGCGUCAUUCUGACGGCACUCGAGGUCCUGGGCUACAAGGUCGUCGCCUCCUCGAGCACAAGUGUCAAGCAGGAUUACAAUGAGUACAUGUGGACUAUGAGAAAGGAUUUUUCCGAGCCUGAGCCCGAAUCUGUUAUCAAAACAGGUGAGAAUAUUUGUUUUCUUUUCUCUAUUGCCCUUCAAUGUAUAUAA